AUGAGGAAUACAGCAGAAGGCCGCCGGGAAAAAGGGUACAGGGAGCGAGUGAGAGCGGGGCGAGCCACAGCGCCGGAAAACAGCGGCUACGCGGAAACAAGCCGACCCAGCCCUUCCCGGAAGAACCCUUGUGCUGGCAGGACACCGAGCCCGGCGGCUCCGGCGCAGGCGCCGCUCCUCCGGCCUCCGGGGCGGGGGGCGCUUCGGGAGACGCUAUACGUGCUCGAAAAAUUUGAAAUCUUCAACCUGGAUAUGAAGACUGGGGACACCCUGAAGGUCAAGGGCAAGAUAUCCGAUGAUGCUGACAGGUUCAGCAUCAAUCUCGGCUGUAAGUCCUCGGAUCUGGCACUUCACUUCAAUCCCCGCUUCGAUGAGUCUGUCAUCGUCUGCAACUCCAGGUGCUCCAAUGCCUGGGAGGCAGAGCAUCGUGAUAACCACCUCUGUUUCUCCAAGGGCUCCACUAUUAAGAUCAUCAUUGAAAUGCUGGAAGACAAAUUCCGAGUGAAGCUACCAGACGGCCAUGAAGUGGAGUUCCCCAACCGGCACAGCUACAGCAAGAUCUGCUACAUGAGUGUCAAGGGAGGCUUCAGGGUCACCUCCUUCAAGCUGGAUUGA